AGCUGCAAGUUCCACAUGUGGACAGAAUACACCGACCGAUCUGAACAUCUCAAGCGUCUAGCAUCCAAACUCUAUAUUUACUUUUACUUUUUGUUAGUUUCCGAUUGUAAAUCUAAGUUUCUCUUUUGAAGAAUGCACUGCAAAAUCUUUUUAGUCUCUGUUAUCGUAUGCCUCGGAUUCCUGACCAUUUGUGAAGGAAUGAGCCUUAGAGGCCUGGGUGUAGAUCCACGGUGUCGCUGCAUUGAGACUGAGAGUCGACGCAUCGGAAAACACAUAGAAAGUGUGGAGCUCUUCCCUCCGAGCUCACACUGUAAAGACACAGAGAUCAUUGCAACCCUGAAGGGAUCCAGGAAAGAGAUCUGUCUGGACCCUACUGCACCCUGGGUUAAGAAGGUCAUUGAGAGGAUCCUUGCCAACAAAACCCUAUGAAUGGCUGGGUCAUCUGUGAAGUUGAGCCUGAAGAUAUGAAAGAUAUGGCCGCAUCUGACAUAUUAAACUGUACCAAUGGGAACAGUGUUUGGUUAUGCUUAAAACAGUUUGUUCAAUGUUGAAUGUUGUUCACAAAAGUGUUGCGUGUUGUAUUUAUAUCUAUGUAUUUAUUUAUUAUAUAUUUUGUAAUAAAAUGAUUUUGUACUAA